AUGGAUGAAGAAGAAGAAUUAGAUCACCUUCCAUCCCGUAUUAGGAAAAUAAUGAUGAUGGCGAAGAAGAAAGAGAAAAACGAUCGGGACUUAUUGAAAAAUGACUCGACUCCAGGAGCUGUUGCUGUCCAAAUGGAUACAUCUGGUGUGGUUAAUCUUCAGAAUUUAAGUCAAGAACACACGAAUACUGCACAUUUAGUCACAUGUGAUUGGUCAACUUUUGAUGACAAUAUACAAUAUUUAAAAGAUAUUGAAUUUUUAGGUUGUAAUAUAGAAGUUGUUGGCACAGAAUUUACAUUAACUGACAUCACCAAUUACAUACCAGAAGAAACAGUUGAACCUGCACUCAUGAGAAGAACUGACGACAAUUCAUUUGCUGAAGAUGAACCUGUGGCCAUGGGAGAAAGUGCCUCGAGAACUGACUACUAUUCAUUUGCUAAAGAAGAACCUGUGCCCAUGGGAGAAAGUACCUCAAGAACUGACGACAAUUCAUUUGCUGAAGAAGAACCUGUGUCCAUGGGAGAAAGUACCUCAAGAACUGACUACUAUUCAUUUGCUGAAGAAGAACCUGUGUCCAUGGGAGAAAGUACCUCAAGAGCUGACGAAAAUUCAUUUGCUGAAGAUGAACCUGUGCCCAUGGGAGAAAGUGCCUCGAGAACUGACGACAAUUCAUUUGCUGAAGAAGAACCUGUGUCCAUGAGAGAAAGUACCUCAAGAGCUGACGAAAAUUCAUUUGCUGAAGAUGAACCUGUGCCCAUGGGAGAAAGUGCCUCGAGAACUGACUACUAUUCAUUUGCUGAAGAAGAACCUGUGCCCAUGGGAGAAAGUACCUCAAGAGCUGACGAAAAUUCAUUUGCUGAAGAUGAACCUGCACCUAUAGGAGAAAGUACCUCAAAAAGAACAGAAAGAGCAGGCAUCUUCAGGGUUGAGGAAUGA